CUUCUUCAGCAGUUCCCUAUUGGCUCGACAUUUCCUAGCAGAACUCACCCCAACCAGGAAAUCGGGGGCACUAUCCACCCUGCCUGGCAGCCUCAGGGACACGUGAAUGCAAAAAGUCCCAAAGAUGGCCAGACAGGGAUCAGGAAUGGACAGAUGGACAAUUGACAGAGCCACGCACAGGAAAACAGCCAGAGCCUGGUGAACAGGGGACCUCAAACCUUCUGUCUUUUUCUCUCCGGGACAAUUGUGCACUGGAAAGUGGCGUCAUGGCUGUCAAACAGCCGAUGCACAAGGUCGGGGUCCAGAAUCUUCUAGAGAGCGCUGCAGAGCGGCUAAAGUCCAUCACACCUGUCAAGUUCAACAUCUCUAGCCGAACAGAUUCCGGCGUCCAUGCUCUCGAGAACUCUGCCCAUCUGGAUAUUCAGCGCCUGCCCGGCCGACCCCCUUUCUCACCUGAUAUCCUCACUUCGGCACUCAAUAUCCACCUUGAGCACCCAGACAUCAGAGUGAUCCGAGCUUUUCGGGCCCCUGAUGACUUCCACGCUCGAUUUGAAGCCACAUCAAGGACCUACCUGUACCGGGUGGUAACCGGCUGCUCCCUGGACACCCUGUCUGUGUUUGACCGGAACCUAUGCUGGGCACUGAGGGCUGAGCACCUAAAUGUGGCAGCCAUGCAGGAAGCUGCCCAACAUCUCCAAGGCACCCAUGACUUCCAAGCUUUCAAAUCAGAAAGCAAAAAUAACUGGCAAAACCCUGUGAAGACACUGAUCCGGGCCUCUGUGGGCCCUGCACCAGUCAGCCCCUUCACCCAUCCCCAGGAUAAGAGGAAGCUGCAGUUUUGGGACAUAGAGUUUGAGAGCAAGUCCUUCCUGUACAAACAGGUGCGGAGGAUGACCGCAUGCCUUGUGGCCGUGGGCUUGGGCACCAUGACGCCCUCCCAGGUAAAGGAGAAGCUGAGGAGUCGGGACCCCCAGAGCGGCCCUGCUGUCCUGAUUGCCCCUGCCCAGGGCCUCUUCCUGAAAUCGGUGCAUUAUGAGGGCCUUGACUGGGGCCCUGGCGAAGACUGGUACAAUCGCCCAUCUGUCUCAAGAGGCCGCAGUCCCGGAGACGUGCCAGAGGGGCCUGGGCUCUGAGUGGACCAGGGAUGCCCCAAGACUUGUUCAGGUUCUUGGGGCUGUGGCCUGGGGUCCCACCUGUCCAUGGUGUCCAGCCCUGCCUGUCCCUGGCCACAAUGCCAACAGUCCUGAAUGACACAGGAAGACACUCAGUCGGUGGGCUCUGGGACCAUCACCAGCUGCUG